GCAUGGACGAAGCGGAAGAGUCAGAGUUGAGGAAUCCGUUCCCCUCACCGCCGUCGCACUAUGUCAAGUACACGUCCCACAACUUGAAACUCUUGGAGACACUCAAAGAUCGCGUCAAAGACACCACAGACAUUGCCAGCGUCGACCAGCACGAAAUCCUUUCAGAUCUCGCUGAUAUCCCACCAUGGCCCCUGACUCAGUUGGACAAACCUAGGGUUGACUGGAUUCUCGAAGAGGGCCACUACAGUGUAUUCGGGGACACGUGGUUUGUCAAGGAAACCAUCCCAUCCUUAGCCGAGCUUGGUGGUCAUCAACUCUACCCACCAGAUCCCAGUGUAGAUCGACGUCCCGCACUUCUGUCCAUCGUACGUUCACUCUUGGUCACCUACUCUAAUCUCAUCGGGGCUAUCGUCGCCCCACCGCCUCCUCCAUUUUCACAAGUUCCACCGGAGUGGCAUCGAUAUGUGGAGUGGAUCACCGUUCUGGCACAAAAUUUGAUGGCGGCUGCAAACGAUUUACGCCCGGUCCAGGCGAGGGGGAACCUUGAGCGUAUGAUGCAACGUCAGCUUGACCUGCGCCGAGAAGAAACGAGAGCCAUUCACGUGAAAUGCGACGAACUUGAAUCUCGCUUGCAAGGUCUUCGUACAACUGCUCUGGAGAUGGUGCCAAAGCAGAAUACGGGCACUCUACAUGAGACUUCGACAUCGGGAGCGACCAUAACUACUGACGAAGUGCUACGAUGGGCGGAGGAAGUGAUUUAAAGACGCAACACGAGUCAUAGCUUCCCGCAUCACAGGCCACACAUAACCGUUGGGCUUUUUGGUGUCCAGACCCUUACCUUGUAGAUAUAGCAAUUAUUUACGAUCGAAUGCACCCUUGCAUCAGCGUAACGACAGUUGUUAAGCAUCAAU